AUGCGUGGCAGAAAAAGUCACACUCUCGCUGGAACUUCUACGACCACCUUCAUCCAUGCAAAGUCCAGUAAAGAAUUUAAACUGCCUGCUCGGACGUCGUCGGCGACGCGGCUGUUCGAGAAGCUGCGCGCACGCAUUGGGCGCGGGCGCACGCUGUUCUCGCAUCCUGAAGACCCCGCCGAGGAUAAUACGGACAUGUGCAUGCUGAGCGAGUGUACAUCCAAGGCAUUUAAAGAAGAUCUACCACUGAUGGUCACUCGAAGCGACUUCGCAGGACACGAGCGACUACCGAGGGAGACUUUCAGAUGUCAUCUCUGCAAUUUCGAGGCUGAUAGGAUAACAGUCCUGGACCGGCACCUCCUGAAUGACCACAAGAUCGGCAUCGAAAAUCUACUCAAGCUGGUCAUAGCGAAGACGAAAAACGCUCUCUCUGAGGAAAAUAACACCGACCCGUUUAGGAGACAAACAUACUACAAACCGCAAGAAAUGGAAUAUCAGCUGCAAGAAGGAGAGUUUACGGAGACUGUAGCGCCGAGAGUCAGGGUAAUGAAGCAUACGGCGACUAAUACUGAGGAUACAGGGUUAACCGACAACUUCAAACGGAUCACCAGCGAGCUGGAGAAGAUAGUGAACUGCCCCACAGAACCCCACGACCAGAACGAACUGUUCCAGAAGAUGCAGACCCUGAACGAGUACAUGUGCAAGUUUGUGGAUUCGUCCAACAUGCUGAAGAAAGUGCUCACGAAGGAGCUGGAUACGAAGAGUAGGAGUGAUAGGACUGAGCAUCGAGCUGAACCGGUCUUUGAUUUGAGGUUGGGAGAUUCUCCCAGAGAUUGGUAGAAAACGAAAACCCGAACCAAAGAAAGAAAAUAAUGUGGUGACGAUGGAGA